AUGCUUGAUGAGACCAGCGCCUCAAAACUGAAGGUUAUUCCCCUGUCUAAUGACACAGUUGCAAGACGUAUAUGCGACAUUUCAAAUGACCUCGAAGAACAACUCACCGAAAAAAUGAAAGACAAACGUUUCGCCCUACAAGUGGACGAGGCUACUGAUAGCAAUAAAGACUGCUUAUUAAUUGCUUAUGUUCGCUUUGUCACAUCAGAAUCACUCUGUGAAGAUUUGCUGUUUUGCAAGUACAUUCAAAGUAGGGCCACAGCUGAAGAGCUCUUUAAGCUUCUUGACUGUUACAUGACAGAACAUGGACUGAAGUGGGGAAACUGUGAAGGUGUUUGCACGGAUGGAGCACAGACCAUGGCAGGGAAAAGGAGGGGAUUGCAGGCACUGAUCAAGCAGGUCUCGCCAAAUGCGCAAUGGACCCACUGUGUUAUCCACAGAGAAGCUCUUGCGUCAAAGCAGCUGAGUCCUGAACUAAACAAUGUUUUGGCCGAUGUCGUUAACGUGGUCAACUUCAUAAAAACAAGACCACUGAAAGCACGGCUGUUCUCUGCACUUUGUGAGGAGAUGGGUGCUCAACAUUCAGCAGUGCUGUUUCACAGCGAAGCGCGGUGGCUCUCGAGAGGUAAAGUGUUGUCGCGAGUCUUUGAGCUCAGAGAGGAAAUUCGUGUGUUUUUGAUGGAGGAGAGGAUGCAUGAACUUGCAAGCAAGUUCAGUGAUGGACUAUUUCUGAUGAAACUGGCCUACCUCAGCGAUGUAUUUGGAAAGCUCAAUGAAUUAAAUCUUCAACUUCAAGGCAGAGACAAGCACCUUCCACACCUGGCUGACAAGAUCAGUGCAUUCACCCGAAAGCUUGAGAUGUGGGGCAGGCGACUUGAUCAGGGAAAUACUGAUUCCUUUGAGAAUCUAAGUGAGUUUGCUGACACCAGUGGUACUGGAGCCACCACAGUGAUUCCAUGUCUGAGGGAGCACAUCUCUUCCCUGAGAGGAUUCUUUCAAAAGUACUUCCCAAACAACAGUGCUCAGUACGACUGGGUGAGAGAUCCGUUCAAUGCAUCACCACCUGCUGAUUUCAGCUCUACUGAAGAGGACCAGUUCAUUGAGAUGACAUCUGACUCCAGCCUGAGGCUGAGGUUUACAGCAAAGACACUGAGUGAAUUCUGGAUUGGCGUGGAGAAGGAGCAUCCACUCAUAGGGCAGAGGGCUGUGAAGAUUCUGCUUCCCUUUGCCACAUCCUAUCUCUGUGAGAUGGGCUUUUCUGCUGUGGCCUCACUUAAAUCAAAAAAUAGCACGGACUGA